GUCGGGCAGUGCAUCGGUUGUCUGACCGGGCUUUAGAGCGGGCAGAGACUGAAGAUGACGAUGAUAUGGCUAUUCGUCAUGACUCAUAACGCGUUGUUAUAUCGGAUUGGUCAUUGGUCAUUGGAGGGAGACGCGCAGCUGCUGGUCACAACUCAUCCGACAAAAUCCCCCAGUCCAAGAGCCAGAACCAACCAACAACGAAAACAAGACAGUCCUCAGAAAAAAAAAAAACACUAGCAAAAGAUGUCGAUCAUCAACAUCACUGACAUCGUCGUCCUCGAGAACCCGGCCAAGUUCACGGACCCAUACCGAUUCAAGAUCACCUUCGAAUGUAUCGCCCCCCUCGAAGAUGAUAUCGAAUGGAAGUUGAUCUACGUCGGCUCCCCCCAGACAACCGAUAAGGAUCAGGAACUCGACACCUGCAUGGUCGGCCCUGUGCCCGUUGGCGUCAACAGCUUCACGUUCGAGGCGGCGGCACCGGACCCAUGCCAGAUCCCAACGAACGACAUUGUUGGGGUGACAGUGAUCCUGUUGACGGCCUCGUACAAGAACAAGGAGUUCGUCCGAGUUGGAUACUAUGUCAACACCGAGUACGACACGCCCGAGCUUCGAGCGCUCUACCCGGACACCGAGCUCGUGACGGACGAGAUGCUCAAGAAGAGGCCCGACCCGCCCUUGAUCCCCCAAUUGGUCCGCAACGUGCUUGCCGAAAAGCCCAGAGUCACGCGUUUCAAAAUCACCUGGGACUUGCCCUCCCAACCUGAGCCCGAACAGCCCGUCGCCAAAGAAGGCGAACCCGUCAGCCUCUUCGCCCCCGUCCCGCUCGAACAAGCCGCCCCGCCCGUCACAAGCACCUCGACCAACCCCUCCUCGGCCCAAAAGAUCGUCCCCGAAUCCAUGCCCACCAACCCCGCUCCAUAGACUUAUCCCUUCUCAGUCUGACGACGCCUUCAUAAAUAUUCCUCCUCAAUCAGCUCAUCCUCUUCUUUUGUUGACCAAUCCCCUGUACAUAGUAGACCCUAAACCCCCCUUCCCCUCCUUUCUCUACAUAAAAAAAUCAAACCAAAAAAUCUAACAACAACGCGUCUGCGCUGGGCUUUUGCUUUUCUUCUUUCGUCGGAUGUGCUGAUCGGCUUCUCUUUUUUUCCAUAUUAAUUAUAAUGAUAGUAUACGAACAAAUGAGAUAAAAUUUCUGGUUGUGAUGAGGUCCUUUUGACGCAG